AUGACUUAUGAGGCCAUGCUGGAUGUGCUGUCUACAGGACAGGAGAAUGUCCCAAACUACAGAUGUGGAAGACAAAAGAACCAGCUGGCAAUGCUCGAAGAGAUGGAUUCUGAACUCUUUGAUCAUAUGUCAAAUGUCUUGAGCAUCUAUAAAAUUCCACAGAUCAACUACAGUGUCAUCAACCAGGUGGCCAAGCAAAACCAUCAUUUUCCUUUUUCAUAUCGGAUGACCCCAAACCAAGAACCUCCUUACUCAGCGAUUGUCCAGCUGCUCCUGCAAUUCCAUUGGACGUGGAUUGGCCUCCUUUCUCAGGACAAUGAAAAGGGAGAAAAAUUCAAAAGACGCUUGGAAGUUCUUGCCUUAAAAAAUGGGAUUUGCAUUGUUCUCUCAGGAACUGUCCCAGAAGCAAAUAUGCAGACAAGUGCUGGAGAUACUCUCAUGCAAGAAAAAAGGAAAAUGUUUCGUUCUCUUAUUGAGAGUCAAAUAAAAAUUAUAGUAUGCCAACUGGAUGUUCAGGCCUCGGGAAUGUUAGCAGCAAUAAUACAAAUAAUUGAUAGGACUAAUACAACCCUGGUGGGAAGGGUGUGGAUUGCAACAACUUUGACAGCUUUAAGUGUAAGUAUUUUUGAUCUUUGGGUUGAUCUCCAAAACAGACAUGCUUUGUUUUCCUUCCUCAUCCAGACAAAAAGGAGGACUCAGUAUUAUGACUUUACAUCUUAUGCAUCUAUGGUUGUAUUGUAUGGAAAGGAAGCAUUCCAAUGUUCCUAUUCAAGUCCUCUGUUAUCGAAGAAAGUUUGGAAAAAAUGCAGAGAAAAAGAGAAUUGGGAAUUCCCGCCCCAUGAUGUGAUUGCAAGAAUCCUGUCUCAGGAUUCCUCCAGUAUUUCCCAAAUAAUUCAAAUUGUGGCCUGGGUCCUCAAUGCUGCCUCUUCCUCCCAACAGAGUAAGAGGAGAAUGCAAGUUGGAUACCAUCAACCACCCCAGAUUGUACAGCCAUGGCAGCUUCAUAAGUUCCUGAGGAACUUCCAACAUCACAAUAUUUCCAGAGAUGGGAUUUCUUUUGAUGAAAAUGGAGUUCCUGUUAGUGACUUUGAUAUCAUGCACUGGACAUCAGUUUGGAACAAAUCAGAUGCAGGGGUGAAAAUUGGGAGUAUGGUGCCUUAUUCAAGAUGUACAGAAAGUUGCUCCCCAGGUUAUGCCAUGCUUGUGAGAAAGGGAGCCCCAGUUUGCUGCUACAACUGUUCUCUGUGUAUGGAAGGAACAUUCUCUGGGCAAGAAGAUGCAGCCCAUUGUGAAAAGUGUCCAGAUGACCAGUAUUCCAAUAAGAAGAGGGAUCAGUGCAUCCCCAAAAGCAUAAGCUUCUUAUCCUAUGAAGAAUCAUUGGGAUUCAUCCUGGCAUUCUUUGCCAUUGCUUUGUCCCUAACCACCGCCUUUAUUCUGGGAAUCUUCAUUAAAUACCGAGACACUCCCAUAGUCAAAGCAAACAACCGUGAACUUACCUACGUCCUCCUGGUUUCACUCCUGUUUUCUUUCUUGACCUCCUUUCUAUUCAUCGGUCGCCCCAUGAAAAUGACCUGUCUCCUUCGACAAACCAUUUUCAGUAUUGUUUUCUCUGUUGCCGUAUCUUCUUUGCUGGCCAAGACUGUAAUGGUGGUGGUGGCCUUCCUGGCUACAAAGCCAGGAAGCAGGAUGAGGAAAUGGCUGGGGAAGGGUCUGGCCCACUUGAUUGUUUUAUCCUGCUCUGGUAUUCAAGUAGGCAUCUGUAUGGCAUGGCUGGGAAUCUUUCCCUCGUUCCCAGAUUCUGACUUUCAUUCCCAGCCAGAAGACAUCCUGCUGCAGUGCAACGAAGGUUCAGUUGCUAUGUUCUACACUGCCCUUGGCUACAUGGGUUUUCUGGGUGCCAUCUGUUUCUUGGCGGCAUUUCUGGCUCGAAAUCUGCCAGGGACCUUCAAUGAAGCCAAACUGAUCACCUUCAGCAUGUUGGUUUUUUGUAGUGUAUGGAUCUCCUUUGUCCCCACCUACCUGAGCACCAAAGGGAAAUACAUGGUGGCUGUGCAGAUCUUCUCCAUCUUGGCCUCCAGCCUAGGUUUAUUGGGUUGUAUUUUUGUUCCCAAGUGCUACAUUAUUACACUGAGACCUGACAUAAACACCAAGGAACAU